AGAAGCCAAAAUCCAGUUCUUCUUCGUUUCAUUUGCCCGUAAAACUUAUUCGGAACAAGAAACACAGGAGGAUAGGAAGACAGGCCGGCUACAGCACUAUAGGAGAAGCAGCACGAGGACCGUUAGAGCGACAGCGACACUUUUCUAGCACCUGGAACAUGAUUACGACCCAUUUUCUCCUCCGCUUUAGCUGUAGCUAUUGAAGUUGAGCCGCCUUUUACUCAACCCAGUAAGUUACAAACAUUUGUUCCGAUAGACCAAAGGGUCAAAAGACCAAUAACGAAAAACCCCCCAAAAAUACAGCAAUCAAAAAAUGGCGAUGUUCGGGCAGUUUGUCCUGGGCCCUCCGGGCAGCGGCAAAACCACCUACUGCCACGGCAUGCAGCAGAUGUGCCUCGCGAUGAAACGACCCUAUAUGGUAAUCAACCUCGACCCCGGGAAUGAUCAGCUACCCUACGACAAGGAAAACCUCAUUGAUAUCAAGGAGCUCAUCACGGUGGAAGACGUGAUGGAGGAGUUUAACCUCGGGCCAAACGGGGGCUUGGUUUACGCCAUGGAAUUUAUCGAGGACCACAUUGAGGAAUUCUUACUCGUAUGGAUUGCAAAAGUGUCUGGGUCUGGAAGAUUGCGACUUGUCAUGCUAAAUCUGAAUCAUGCAGAAAUCUGUGUUGCAUGAGUGCCAAAAGCUGCCCAUUUUCGACCAAGUUUGGAGGGAGUCUCUCAUGCAGGAUAGGCAUGAUAUUAGAGCUCUCACAGUCUCUGUCAUGCUAGGUCCCGCAUAAUUCCAGACCUCAUGAGUCAUGGAAAACCUGCAUGACAAGUUGCACUUUACUUUCAGACCCAGACAUAUUUGCAAUGCAUAACUCGCGAAAUUGAUGGAAUUCCCGUACUGGAACAGCCGCUAUUUGAUCUUCGAUUUACCCGGCCAGGUGGAAUUGUAUCUCCACCACGAGUCCAUGCGGAACAUCACCAGUACCCUGCAGAAGAUGCUGGAUUUAAGGUUGUGCUGCGUGCAUUUAGUCGAUUCCACCUGGUGCAGAGACGCGGGGAGCUUCAUCAGCGGAACUCUCACCGCGUUGACUUGUACCAUGCACUUGGAGUUACCACCGGUGAACGUGUUGACGAAGGUCGAUUUGAUGAAGGACUUCGCGAAGGAUUUGCCCUUCAGGUUAGAUUACUAUCUGGGAGUCGAGGAUUUAUCGCAUUUACUGCACAACGCGGGGGUGUUGCGGGACGCGUGGAUGGAAGACGUGAAUUUGUCGAAGACGAUGGAGGGGAUGACGAGUUGUGCUGACCCAUCAAAAGCGGCGUUAACUUGUCAGAAGGAUAAGGAGAGUUACGACCGGCUUACCGCCUAUUUGAAAAGCGACGAGAUUGUGGAGCAUAGCGUCAAACAAGAUGAAGUAGAGGGUGCUUCGAAGAUGAAGGAUACUAGUUCAUCAUCUUCCACGACCGGAAAUAAAGAUGGGCCACCAACAUCUAGUACCGACCAGAUUGCUGAAGGCGAGAAACAAGUAGUCGAAGAAGAGAAACAAGCGGCAAGGGGAACGACAGACGCAAAAUCGUCUGCGGCGGCAGGUGUGGCCGGGGGAAGCUCAUCUUCUUCCUCUAGUGUCGAUAGAAGAGGAACCGCUUCAGCUGCUUCAACGACAUCCUCCACUGUUCAGAACGAAAGGCAAAAGACUUCCUCAACCACAAAAAAGAAUCAGUUCCUCCACCACCCCUUAUUUCGGAAAUUCAAGAAGUUCCACGAAUCUUUGGCAGAGUUAGUGGAGGAAUUCAAUUUAGUCCGGUUCGACCCCUGUAACAUCGAGGAUUCCGAGUCAGUGUAUCGAAUCCUGAUGCGGUGCGACCAAUCGAACGGGAGGAUUUUCGCGGAGAAGGCGUGUCAGGAAAUGGAGGAACAGGCUUUGAAGAAGACAAACGAGACGGAAAUGGAUUACAGACGGAUGUUUGACACGGUGUUGAAGGAUUCUACCGCUGAUUACGCGGAGUUUGUGGAUAGAUUGCAGGAGAAAUAUUUGGAUAGCGAGGAUGGGAAAAGAGAAAGACAAGUGCAGCCGUCGCGGGGGGGUUUGAGUGGGAACGCGGUGGUGCCGUUGGCGGAUACAGUCGGUGGCUGCUCGAUGGAAGAGGGAUGAAGUUGUUGCUGGCUGCACUGCCCAAGAGCAAUUGUAGUCUCACGCGCGGCGCAGUCAACAUGGCGCUGGGAUAAACAGACCUCUUGUAAGUACGCCUCGCGAAUUUCAAUUUCUGAAUCUGUUACGAAAGUAGUACUAUGUAUUGAGCAAAAUCAGCAUCAGGCUAUCUCAAGCAAGACAGCGAAAAUCUCGAUCUCGCAUGACUAGAGCUUCUACAACCUAC